AUGUCGUACCUACAACAAAAGACUCGACAUGGCAGACGCGGCGUCCCUCUUCUACCCUUCACGCGAUACACCAGGUCACGCCGAAGACAGUCUUUAGCGAUUUUCGCGAUCCUUUGCACAUUGGUCUAUUGGACUGUUCGUGUGGGUCUUGGUGAUUCGAGAGAUCGCUUCACACCAUCAGUGCCAGCAACACCAAACUUCUUCGCUGGAGGCUCGGAAGAUCGACUGGUUACAAUCCAAACAAGCAGAGAUCCAAUCACAGUUCAGAAGCCCACAGCAGAAGAAGAACAGCUGACUGCGGCGAUCGUCAAGCCUUCGGACAUCUCUAAGGCUCCCGUUGAAUUGCAGACGAAACCGCAACCUUACGACGUGUUGCCAAAUGCUGUGCAAGUUACCAGGGGCAGCUCUGUCAAUGACAUUGGAGACGUCGAAGAACAACAAUCAUUGGUGGAAGAUGUGUCUGAGCUUCAACCAGUCGUCGCAGAUGGCGGCAGAUUGACAGACCUGUCCAGAUCUCAAGCUUUCAAUCCGUCUGAAAACUUGGACAGCCCCAGCUCCAGUCUCGUCGCAUCAUCUUUGGGAUUGUCCCAGGAAUCUGUGCACCCCGCCGAAGACCAGGAUCAGAACAUGCUUUCUGCUGCUCAGCCCGGGAGAUACGCUUUUCCAGCCCCCUCGAACUUCGACAGGCUCAACAGGUUGGCGGACGAGCUUCCUGAUUUUGUGCAUAUCCCACUGCACAUGGCUGUGAAGAAUGAAACUCUGGAUGACUGGGAAGAAGAAUGGUUUGCACAUGCCCAAUAUGAUGCUGCCACACAUGGCAAAAUCAACGAGCCUAAGAUUGAUUUUGUGUACACCUGGGUGAAUGGCUCAGAUACCAGAUUUGCAGACGUAAUGCGACCAUAUGAGCAGAACUCGAGCCUGAACGAUGAUGCGGGUGAAUGGAUCGCUUCUCACGGUGUGAAUCGUUAUCGUGACUGGGACGAGCUACGCUACUCCAUCAGAAGUGUCGAGAAACAUGCUAGCUCAUUUCGCAACAACAUCCAAAUUUUGGUCAACGCAAUCCAAGAUGCUGACGGCACAAUGACAAAACAGCGACCCAUGUGGCUGAAAGAGGACUCAGCGAUUCAAGAUGACCUCCAAGUUUUGUCGCAAGAAGAGUUCUUUGGCGAAGAAGAAGCAAAAUGCCUUCCAACUUUCAACUCGUUGACCAUUGAGAAUCAAAUUCACAAUACGCCUUCAGAUACCGACCGAAUCUUCGCAAUGUCAGAUGACAUGUUUCUCGGUAAGCCCCACGCUGCAUCCGACGUAUACUCGCCUCUGUUCGGCACGGUAAUGGGCUUCAAGCCUAACAGCUAUAACACCAUUGUGCCACCUUCCGAGAAAGAUGCUCUUCGAUUCGGCGAAAAGCCAUAUCUGAUCUACACUUCGUGGAUGCUAAACAGACGUUUCGGCACUCGCAAGAGAAAAGGACAGGUCCACUUUGGCCACUCUCUGUCCCGAAGCGUGUACAAAGAGGCAAUGGAAGCAUUUCCUCGACCGUCUCUUAAGAGUGCUUGCCAGAAGUUCAGAGGUGAAACUGGCUUCCAACUGUAUUCGUGGUACAAUGCUUUCCACUACACUAUCGAGCGACACCGUGAAGCUCUUCUCUGGAGUUACCUCAUGAUCAGGAGUGAUCCUGACCGAGAUGGUUACCUCAAUUGGCAGGAGAGACAGGCAAUCAUCAGCGAUCUCGAGGAAGGUCUAGCCAAUGAAGGUCGAAACUCAUUCCGCAAGAGGAUGUACUACUAUGUGGCAAAGUCACUUGAGGAUGCAGGACUUGAAGCACCCAAGGUUAACGUUGAGACGACUUGGACAUCCCUUGACGGUCCUGCUACCAUUGCCAACAUUGACUGCUUCGAGUUCAAUGUCAACGAGUGUUUGGCACCCGGAUUCUCCUCUCCGACCUGGGACGACAGAUCCGACAAUCCUGUCUUUUCGACAGCUGCCAUCUUCGAUAGAGUAGCCAGACAGGAUCCUCAGUGCGGCGAUUGCCUGACGAAGUUGCUUCUCAACCGUGUCGAGCAAGGCUUAUCGCCACUUUUACCGCAUAGAGAGAAAGAUGCCGAGCACAGGGAAACAGUCCUCAAGGCUCUGAAACGGUACUCUUACGUAGUUGUGGAGCCAGAUGCAUUGUUCACGAUGGUCACAGACGCCGAGCAAGUCCAAGUGCGACUCAUUGACCGUCUUGCCGAUCCUGAGAAACAAGCAGGGCAACUCUGUCUCAAUGACGAUGUUACAGCCGAUAACGAGACCGAGCUUCUGGCGUUACGAGAGACAAUCGCAAGGUUGUUUAAUGAGCAUUGGGGGACGCCGAGUAAAUUUGAAGCAUGGUGGUAG